AUGGCAGCACCAGCACUUCAAGCUUCAAGUUUCUCAAGGUCUUCAUGCUCAUCUUCUUCAUGCCAUCUAGGCAGAGAAAUUGGAGCAACUCUCCAGGCUCCCAAACUCCGGCCAAGUAGACUCACACUCUCAAGGCUCCCCGCAAGAGACUUGGUGGAGGAAUUGAACUUGAGAAGUGGACACAACAACACAACCACAACCACAACCACUACCAUAACAGAAUCGAAGCCUACUGAUAUCACUAGAGAUUUUGAUGUAUUGAAAUCCAAUUCCAAGGUGGUGGCGGAGCUUUAUGCCGUCAUGGAAGCUGCCGCGGACAGAGCUGAGAUGCACACCAACAUUGGAGAGCAGCGGGAUUACUGGAACCACCUCCUCCUUACUUCCAUUAACGCCAUCACCCUCACUGCCGCAACUAUGGUUGGCCUCACGGCCACCACCUGUGGAACGGGAGCACCUCUUCUAGCACUCAAGCUCUCAUCCAUCCUAUUAUAUUCGGCAGCCACGGGAAUGUUGGUGGUGAUGAACAAGAUCCAGCCCUCCCAGCUCGCGGAAGAGCAACGAAACGCAGCUAGGCUGUUCAAGCAGCUCCAAAGGGAAAUCCAAACAACCCUUGCAAUUGGAACCCCCACAGAAAGAGAUGUGAAGGAUGCCAUGGACAAGGUCUUGGCCCUCGACAGGGCCUACCCUCUUCCUUUGCUUGGAGCAAUGCUUGACAAGUUCCCUGCCACGGUUGAACCGGCGGUGUGGUGGCCACAACAACAGCAACAGAAAGGACUCGGUGGUGGUAACAGAGAAAGGAAGGGAAGUAAUGGAUGGAGUGCAAAGCUGGAGGAGGAAAUGAGACAGAUAGUUGGGGUUUUGAAGAGGAAGGAUACCGAAGAGUAUGUGAGGCUGAGCAAGUUAGCUUUGAAAGUUAACAAGACACUAGCCAUUUCUGGGCCUCUGCUCACGGGACUUGCCGCUGUGGGGUCUGCUCUUGUAGGAUCAGCUUCUCAGGAUCAAGUGCCAUGGGCAAUAUUUCUGGGAGUCACUGCGGGAGCUCUAGCAGCCUUAGUGAACACAAUGGAGCAUGGUGGGCAAAUAGGGAUGGUAUUUGAGAUGUACAGAAGCAAUGCUGGUUUCUUUCGGCUCAUGGAGGAGUCCAUUGGGUCCACCUUGAAAGAAAGGGAUGUGGAGAAGAGAGAGAAUGGGGAGUUAUUUGAAAUGAAGUUGGCUCUAAAACUGGGAAGGAGUUUGACUGAGCUCAGGUAUCUGACAGCUUCUUCUUUUUCUCCCAAAAGAUAUGGAGAUGCCACAGAAGAAUUUGCCAGCAAGCUCUUCUGA